AUGAAAUAUAUAUAUAUAUAUAAGUCUCCCUUGCAAAAGGGGUGCCUCCUCGAGUCCCUUGUGAAAGGGACUGCCCUUUCGCAAGGGCGCGCCGUGUCUGGCGCUCGCGAGCCUCACCGUGCUGGCCCUGGUCAGAACCGGCAAGGCCGACCUGCAGGCACGGGCACGACGAGCCGAGCCAGGCAGGAGAGGAGGCGAGACCAGGCUGCCGACCAGUUGGAGAACGACGUCUGGCACUGGUGGAACAGCUGGUGGACCGACCGCGACUGGCGGUGGGAGGACUUCCCGGCCCGGCGGGAGCACAGAGAGGAGCGAGCACGAUCCCGGGACGAUCGUGAGUGGACCUGGACACGAGACCACGGCUGGCAGCAUGUUGGUGGGCAAGCACCCUUGCAAAAGGGUAAAGGCAAGGGCCAGCCCAGCCAGCCCAGACAGCCCAGCCAGCCCAGGCAGCCCAGCCAGCCCAGGCAGCUCAGCCAGAGGCGACUCAGCCAGCAAAGCCCCGCCCAACCACCCUUGCCAAAGGGUUUGAUGCCCAAGGCCGCCGUCAGUCUGGGCAUGCCGAAGGCCAUCGCCAAAGACCCCCCACCCAGGGCUACCGGCAAGGCCUGCCCGCCCAACAAGUCGCCUCCAGGCAAGGCCCCUGCAAAGGCCAUCCCGGCCAAGGCCCCUCCUAAGAGGCAUGCUGGCCUGUCCAAACCUGAACCUUAA